AUGCGAGGCUCCCAUCUCCUCCCUAAGCAGCUUCGCUCCCUGGGUCAAACCGACAGCUGGUUAAAUCGCACUGUCACCUCCAACCUCCUUGCUGUCUCCAACCUUGCCUGCCAACAUCCGAUCCACACUGUUGUCGCAAUCGCGUUGUUCGCCAGCACCUCCUACGUCGGUCUGCUGCAAGAGAGCUUGUUCGACAGUGGCAUUAAAUCCUUGCAGCACAAUGGAAGAGUAGAUGUGGAAGCACUGCUACAAGGAAGCAGAACAUUAGAAUUAUCUGAGAGAACAGCAUGGAAAUGGCAAUUCCCUGAUGAUUCAAGCAUCCCCCUUGCGCCCUUGGGCUCAAACCAUUAUGCUUUGACAACCUUUGUGUUCCCAGACUCUUCUUCGUCUCAGCUGGCUCCCGAAGCCAAUGCUGUUCCGGUACCGCAAAAUGUCACGGCCACCAGUAUCCCUACCACAUCGAACUUACUCUCACCGAUAUCGCACGACACUUCCUUGGCCUUCUACACCUCCUUCUCGGAGCUUCCUGAUUUCCUCCGGGCCGUUCAAGAGCUUCCCGCACAUGAAUUGCCGGACGAUCAAAGUCGUCCGUCUUGGACUAUGAAGGCUGUUCGUCUGAACGGAAAUGGUCCACGUGGUGCCUACCGGACUUGGCUGAGCGAAGGGUGGUCGUCUUUCGUUGAUUUGCUGAAACACGCCGAAACACUGGACAUUAUCAUCAUGUCGCUUGGUUAUCUGUCCAUGCACCUCACCUUUAUAUCCCUUUUUCUCUCCAUGAAACGUCUGGGUUCGAACGCCUGGUUGGCUGUUUCGGUCUUAUUUUCCAGUCUUUUCGCGUUUCUGUUCGGGUUGGUGACUACAACCAAGCUCGGAGUGCCAAUCAAUAUGGUUUUACUGUCAGAAGGGUUGCCGUUUCUGGUGGUGACGAUUGGGUUUGAAAAGUCCAUCAUUCUGACAAAGGCCGUACUCUCCGCUUCCUAUGACAAGAAUCGGCGAGGCUUGGAGAACGAAGCAGCGAAUGGUAGUGGCAGUGGCCCGAUGGCAGCUCCGGCCAUCCCGAGCUCCAUCCAGGAUGCCAUUCAGAUCGCUGUCAAGGACACAGGGUUCGAGAUCGUUCGGGAUUACGCCAUCGAAAUUGCUAUUCUCAUUCUGGGUGCUGCUUCGGGGAUCCAGGGCGGGCUCAGACAAUUUUGCUUCUUGGCUGCAUGGAUCUUGGUUUUUGACUGCCUUCUGCUUUUCACUUUUUACACGACAAUUCUCUGCAUCAAGCUGGAGAUCAAUCGGAUCAAACGGCACGUGGCUCUGCGCAAAGCACUCGAGGAAGAUGGGAUAAACCAACGUGUCGCUGAAGACGUUGCGACAAACAACGACUGGCCUAAUGGGCAGACAAACCAGGCUGGUGCCUUCAACAUUUUCGGGCAGAAAAUAAAGGCCAGCAGUGUGCCUAAGUUCAAGAUCUGGAUGGUUACGGGCUUCGUCAUCAUCAACGUGAUUAACUUGUGCACAAUACCUUUCCGGACCGCGCGAAGCAUCAAAGCGCCUGGGGCUGCUAUUCCGAGCGUUUUGACACCUGCUCCCAUCGAUCCUUUCAAAGUGGCGGAAAAUGGCUUGGACGCAAUAUACGUGGCCGCAAAGAGUCAGAAGCUCGAUACCUACGUCACCGUUCUCCCACCGAUCAAAUACGAACUCGACUAUCCUUCAGUUGAUCACUCCGAAUCGGCAGAUGAUCUUGGGUUCUUUGACUCCGAAUACACGGAUCAGUUCCUCAACGUGGUCGGCGGAAGAGUGAUCGAAGGCGUCCUGAGCAGCCUCGAAGAUCCCGUGCUUAGCAAAUGGGUCUUGAUCGCGCUCACCCUCAGCCUGAUCCUGAACGGUUAUCUCUUCAAUGCUGCCCGUUGGAGUCUCAAAGAACCGCAAUCUGCAACAAGUUCACCUGCUGCGUCCAAACCCCCGCAACUGGAAUUGCCCUCAACGCCCAAACCUCGAAAGGCCAGCCUCGAUGUCCCACAGAAUUCGGGGGGAUCGCGAGCCGAGUGCGAGCAGAUGCUCAAGGACAAGAAAGCUGCCUUCCUCACAGAUGAGGAAUUGAUUGACUUGUCUCUGAGAGGCAAGAUUCCCGGUUAUGCCAUUGAGAAGACGCUGGAAAACCCCGAGCUCAUGACUAGAGGCGAAGCAUUCGUUCGGGCAGUCAAGGUUCGCAGAGCAGUUGUGUCGAGGACGCCGGCGACGAAGAAUUUUGCGUCUGCGCUUGAGGCCUCCAAGACUCCAUACCGUGACUACAACUACGAGCUCGUCCAUGGGGCAUGUUGUGAAAAUGUCAUUGGAUACUUGCCUCUUCCUCUGGGGGUUGCCGGCCCCUUGGUCAUUGAUGGUCAGAGCUACUUUUUACCGAUGGCCACUACUGAAGGUGUGCUCGUGGCAAGCACUAGCCGUGGGUGUAAAGCCAUCAAUGCAGGUGGCGGUGCCGUCACCGUUGUCACUGGCGAUGGAAUGACUCGAGGCCCAUGUGUUGGCUUCCCCACCCUGGCUAGAGCCGGCCAAGCGAAAGUGUGGCUUGACUCGGAAGAGGGCUACCGGAGAAUGCGCGAGGCGUUCAAUUCUACCAGCCGAUUUGCUCGGCUGCAAUCGAUGAAGACUGCUUUGGCGGGCACGUAUCUCUACAUCAGAUUCAAGACGACCACCGGUGAUGCAAUGGGCAUGAAUAUGAUAUCAAAAGGCGUUGAAAAGGCACUUUCAGUUAUGGCCACAGAUUGCGGGUUCGAUGACAUGACGACGAUAUCCGUGUCUGGGAAUUUCUGCACCGACAAGAAACCUGCAGCAGUAAACUGGAUUGACGGAAGAGGUAAAGCCGUGGUUGCAGAGGCUAUCAUCCCCGGGGAUGUGGUACGCAAUGUGCUCAAGAGUGACGUAGAUGCACUUGUGGAGCUCAACGUGUCCAAAAAUCUCAUCGGCAGUGCGAUGGCAGGCAGUAUCGGUGGGUUCAAUGCACACGCCUCCAAUAUUGUGACAGCUAUGUUUCUCGCCACGGGUCAGGACCCAGCUCAGAAUGUUGAGAGUGCCAACUGCAUCACCAUUAUGAAGAACACCAACGGAAACCUCCAAAUCAGUGUAUCGAUGCCUUCGAUUGAAGUAGGCACCAUCGGAGGAGGAACCAUUCUCGAAGCACAGUCUUCCAUGCUCGAAAUGCUUGGGGUACGAGGAGCCCACCCAACAAAUCCAGGUGACAAUGCCCGAAAACUGGCCAGAAUUAUUGCUGCUGGGGUCCUCGCUGGAGAGCUCAGUCUUUGCAGCGCCCUCGCGGCAGGCCACCUGGUUCGGGCACACAUGGCACACAACCGCAGUACGGCACCCACGCGAGCAACGACGCCAGUGUCAGCCGCAGUUGAGCCUUUUCUGCGAGCGCAAAAUGGUCCAUCUAUACCUCCAUCCCUCAAAAUGACGAACGGAAGAUGA